CGAGGAGAGAGCCGGGGCAGCCCUGCAUCGCGGGCGACUUCUGACGGUCGCCGAAUCUUUUUCUCCGUUCCUGAGGUUUUCUUUGAUACAGCACGGGUCAGUUUUUCUCUUCAAGACCGAUGGGUACAUCUCCGGUCACGUUCCAUGAAGUUCAUGGCCACAACAUCGUCAUAUCCAAAGGAGGAUCACAAGCCACGCGGACUGAAAGCUUUAAUCAAGCUCUAUGUUUCACCAAUCGCCCCAUUGCUCAGAAUGAGAAGAUUGUCAUCAGAAUUGCGGAGGCAUCUAGAAACUGGAGUGGAUCUCUCCGAGUAGGAGUAACUGAGCACGAUCCCUCUUCACUGGCUCGAAACCUUCCAAAAUUCAUGUGCCCGGAUUUGAACAGGGAGCCGGGCAAUUAUGGCAAGGCCCUGGAAGAAAGUCAUGUGAGACUCAAAAAAGAGAUUGUGAUGUACCACAGGAAUGGAAAGGUGAUGAUUCGCGAUGGUGACCAGGUACCAGAAGAACUCAUCACCGGUGUUCCGACCACCAAGCCUCUGUACUUCGUCUUCGACGUGUACGGGAACACGAAAAGUAUUUGCAUCGGUCCCCUCGGAGACGGUCAACCAUCUAUCGCCCCCGUGACUCCGACGCCGAAAGUGGAGAGCAAGGCUUUCCCGGGUAUCACCUUCCGUCAGGCCCACUUCGCUCCCUUCAAAUCUGAAGAGCUCACGGUCACUCGCUCCGCAGCUCAGAGCACGAAUAAUUCAUCUUCCGCGGCUCUUUUCGCCGUCACCGGAUCGAAGUUGAAACCAGAGGAAACCCUUGUCGUGAAGCUGGAAAAACUUGUGAAAAGCUGCCGAAUCAAUUUUGUGCUGACUACGGAAGAACCAGCCCGCGUACAUGCCUGUCGAGACCUCGGGAAACUCUGCGAUACAACGUACUCUCUCGCCGUGGAAUCCGAGAUGUGCAAGGCCGGAGACGAGCUGGCUAUAAACAUCUCGACUAACGGCGCUGUAUGUAUAUCUCUCAAUAACCGCGGGUGGCAAGAACGAAUACACGUGGACACGGACAUCGCUUACCAUGUGGCUUUCGACAUGGCGAACGUGUCUUCCAUGACAGCGAUAGGAAUUACGACCGAUCUCAAACCUGAAAUUGAUCGUCCACCGGUGAAAUCUGAGCCCUUCCGUGAUGCGAGUCUUCCCCCCGAUUGCAUCGUGUGCCUCGAGAGCCCUAGAUCCGUUCUCCUCGAGCCGUGUGCUCAUUUCGCUCUUUGUGAACUUUGCGCUCAUGCUCUUCAGAAAUCGGAGAGACGCGAGUGCCCAGUGUGCCGCGCUCAAAUCAAGGGCGUCAAGAAGAUAUACAUGAUCUGAAGACGAUUCUGCCUUGAGCUCCUGGCCCUCGGGCCCUCUUACACCAUUUUGUACCAGGAGGUAUACAGCUAAAUGUCGAUAUCUACCGAACAAUAUGUGUUCUUGAGCUGCGAUGAUGAUGAUGCGACAAUUGAUUGACGAUCUUUAAUCCAAAUGAAGAAUACUUUUUAACCUUUCCAUGACACAUUUUUGAUAUAUGCUCAAGCAGAUCGGAUUGUGUCCCAGCAGCACUCGGCAAUAAAACUAUUGUUUCUUGUU